GAUGAAGUUCAUUUGUUUGACUGUCCUGAUUAUUAAUGGAGCUACAGAUUCAAGAUCAGAGCAGUAUGAGGUAGUGGGACCUGUAUAUCCUGUAUUUGCUGUAGCUGGUGAAGAUGUGAUUCUGCCCUGUUCAGUCAAACCCAACAUCAAUGUUGUGGACAUGAGAGUGGAGUGGAAUAGACCUAAUCUGAAAGACUCACAACUAGUGCAUCUCUAUGAGGACCAUGAAGACAGAAACACAGAUCAGAUUCAGUCCUACAGAGGGAGAACAAAACUGAAUCAUCAAGAACUACAGAGAGGCGAUGCAUCACUCAAACUCUCAUCAGUCCAAGUCUCUGAUGAAGGACGUUACAAGUGUUUUAUUCAGUCUAAAUCCUGGUCUGAUGACGCCACUGUUGAUUUUAUUGUUGAAGUCGUAGGAUGUCUUCCAGUGAUCACCGUAGAUGGGUUUGAUGAUUCAGGAGGGCUUCGUCUACAGUGUGAAUCUGAAGGAUGGAAUCCUGAACCUGAUCUUGAGUGGCGGAACAGUGAAGGAAUCAGUUUGAGUUCAGAAACUACAGACACACACAGAAACACAGACGGAUUCAGUGUCAAACACACUAUCACUAUACAUCACAGUGACAAGAUUCACUGUAGAGUCAGACUGAGACAUCACAUGCUGGAGGCAGUGAUUAUCAGCUCAAGUAAUAUGUUUCAUCUUUGGAGGGCAUCAGCCAUCCUGUUUUCAGUUGUAGUCGUGCUCAGUGGUUUUGCGGCAGUACUGAUAGCUGUGUUCGUUCAUGAAUACAGAGAACACAAUCAACUACAGACUGAGAACAGGAGAAUAAAACAUGAACUUGAUGAACUUUUGCAGAGUCAGAAGAUACCAAAAGUGAUCACGCAUUUAGAAACAGACAUGGUUGUCCAUCUUUAGCUGUGUGAAUUACCUGAUACUGCAGUUGAGUUACUGGCUGGGUGUCUGUCUGGUUGAA